CCUACAUCUUUGCGGCCGACAAAAUUAAUAGACACUUUGUAGAAUUUGUUUUGAUGAGAAAAAUAUUAACAACAAUAACAACCAAGUAUUUAAAGCAACAGAAUCUUAAGUUGACAUACAAUUAGUGAAAGAAAUAUUAAAUUAAAAUGGUUCAUUGUUUUUGUCUUUGGUAGCGGAGUAAUUGUAAUACUAACCUAAAAAAGAUUUCGCACGUGGUCGUAUACUAGGAUCAACACGUGACAUUUUCGUUGUACAAAAAAGUAAAAUUUAAUCAGAAACAUAAUUUACAAUAAGCAAGGUAGUCUCGUGUGGAUCAAGCUUGGGAUAAAAUAAAAGUAAUGGAUAUAGAUGCGAAUAAAGUUGUUUGCGAAGAGAUGUCGAUGAACAUGUCAACGUCGGAAGAAAAUAAAAAUAUACUUCCGGAAAAGAUAGAAUUAUUAACGUCGCAUCAAUUGAUGUGCGGUGAAGGAUCGUUAAAAGAAGAAUGUGAGGCAAAGCAGCUAGACGAACAAUCAUCCGAAGAAAAACACGAAGCGAUGUUCUGUGAUGAAAAAUUAGAGAAUGAAAGAGCAGUUAUAAUCGUCAAUGAGAAGGAGAUUCUAAAUAGGGAAAAUAAAUGUGAUAAGCCUAACGUAUUGAUAAUGUUAGAUACAGAGGAGACAGAAAGUACAAUUAAUAGCUGUGUUAUAUCUACUGAUAUUCCAAAUAUCAGUACUCAAUCAACUUCAGAGGAAAACAAUGAGACAAAUGCACUUGCAGAAGUAAGCAUUCGUAAUAAUGAGAUACAAAUAAGCAAUCCAUCACCACAAAAGCAAGAAGAUAGGACGUCUUCUCUCAGUGUUAUUGCUGCAGAAUAUGGAGACACUUCAGAUUCAGAUGUUGAAAAGAUAGAGGCAGAUACUACAACUAAAAAUCAGCACACUAUGCCAGAAAUACAGACACAACAUUUGCAGUGUUAUCGUACAACUGAAGAAAAUUUAUCAUGCGAAGAAAGCGAUAGCGAUGAUGAUUCUGAUAGUAGUGCCGACAGCAGCAGCAGUAGCAGCAGUAGUGAUAGUAGCAGUGACAGUGAUUCAAAUGAUAUUACAAUUAUUGACAAAAAAAAAGGAAGCAAGGCAAACACAGCAAAGAAGGAAAAGCAUACAGAAAAUGAAUUAGAUGAUCUUCCACCAAUAGAAGACUUACAAAUUAGCGUCCCCGAAGUUUUAUGUAAUCCAUUUGGCAAGAUUGAAAAGAUAGUGGAGCAAUUAGUAAUCGUAGAGCCAAAACCUGGUGAGCCUACACUUGAUCUGGAUACAAUUUUAUUCGUGAAUAAAGGAACAAAAGCACUCGGUAAAAUAUUCGAUGUGUAUGGCCCCGUAGCCGAACCACAUUACUGCGUUCGUUUCAAUGACUCUAAGCACAUACAGGACAAUGGCAUUAAAGUUGGCAUGCAAGUUUAUUAUUGCCCAUCGAAUAAAUCGUAUACGUUUUUCGUAUUCCUACAGGAGUUGAGAAAGCUAAAAGCUUGCGACACGGCUGGCGAUGACGAGUCUCCGGAAUUUUCAGACGAUGAAGAAGAACAAGCGUAUUACGAAAAGUUGAAGCAGAAAAAUAACAAAGAUUGUUCUGACGGGAAAACUUCGCAGAAAAAACCACGUCAGACAGAGUCUUCCUAUACAACACCGGCCUGGCAAUCGAAUCACCCGUGGAACAGGAAUAGAAAUGUUCGACCUCAGAGAUACAAUCAGAGGAGACAGCGAAACUGGAGUGGUGGCAAUCGUUUUAAUUCUGCACGAACUCCUGGACCAUACCCCUAUCAAGAAUCUUGGCAACAAUAUCCGUAUCAAAAUAAUGCUCCUUGGCAGCCAGGUCCACAGAACAUGCCUCCGAUGUCUAACAGAUCGUAUGCAGGAUACGGAACAUAUAACGCGCCACAUUUGGCACAGGACGGUAAUUUGAGCAACACGGACGGUAUAAACCAAUAUUAUCAAGGUACCUAUCAGAAUUUCCCAAGUUACAAUAUACAAAACAAUUUCCAAAGUAACGGUGUACAAGAUCAAUAUUAUGAAGUCUCUUUUGGUGCUCCUCCGAGAUUUAAUCUUGCAUCUCCACCCGUAGAGAUGAAUUGCCAUCAAUUCUCCAAUACGCCAUAUCCGUACAUGAAUAUGCCUUCUUAUCCGACUCAUGUGCAAUCGUCACUGCAAAUGGCAAAUGCUAAUGCAUGUUGGCCUCCACCAGCUCCUCCAUCAUUAGAUACGCCAAGUACGACGAUUGAAGAUCCAAAUUCGUCUACAUGACUUUAUUCCUUCUUUUACGAAUAUAUUUUAUAUUUUCAUAUCGAAAACAUUUUUCAUCUCCAAUAUCAUGUAAUUUAUAAUAGGAUUAUAAAACAAAUAUACUUGUGUGUAAGUAGUAUUUUCUGAUCUCAUUUUUUUAUGUAUAUUACAUAUAAGAAUGUAAUAAAUGAUUUAUGAAAUAAUUA